AUGACGGCUUCAUCCUCAAUCCAAAUAUCCACUUCGCCCAAGGGCAUCAUGACAAUAACCAUCAACCGGCCUCAACGGCGGAAUGCAGUGGACCCCACGACAGCGCGGGACCUGUACAAUGCUUUUCGCACGUUCGAACAAGAUUCAACGCAGAAAGUGGCGAUUUUGACGGGUGCGGAGGGCACAUUUUGCGCAGGGGCGGAUUUGGUUGCGUUGACGGAGCAGAGCGAGGAUUUAAGACGACAAACCGAGGACGCUCGACCCAAAGCCGGAGAUACCGAAAGCGAUAGCAACACCGACAAAUCCGCCUACACCUACACACGACACCUGGAGCCUGUGGCUGAUCGAAAUAUCGGCCCCAUGGGCCCAUCCCGACUAAUUGUGCAAAAGCCCGUGAUUGCCGCGAUCGCGGGCUACGCGGUCGCCGGCGGCCUCGAACUCAGUUUGAUGGCGGACCUGCGCGUCGUCGAGGAGGAUGCCGUCCUGGGCGUGUUUUGUCGUCGGUUCGGCGUGCCCUUGAUCGAUGGCGGGACUGUGCGGCUCCAGGCGAUUGUUGGUCUCGGGCGGGCGCUGGAUAUGAUUCUGACGGGUCGGCCGGUUUCGGCGAACGAGGCACUUGCAAUGGGACUUGCUAACCGUGUUGUGCCUAGGGGAAAAGCACUUGAUGAAGCGGUCAAGUUGGCUGAGUCGUUGUUGAAGUUCCCUAAUGAGUGUAUGAUUGUUGAUCGGAGGUCUGCUUACUAUGCUGCUUUUGAGGCGAGGGGGUGGCAGGAUGCUUUGAGGUAUGAGUUUGAUAAUGGGAGGGGUGUUGUUGAAAGGGAAGGGGUUAGGGGGGCAGAGAGGUUUGCGAGGGGGAAGGUUGGGAGGCACGGGAGUAAAUUGUGA